GGGGACGGGGAGGGUAGCAGUCAAGAAGUCAGCUCUCUGCCAUUGUUCUUGUGCUGGAGGUCUGAACGCGGCACGGGGACGGCGCUGGUUGGGGAACCGGACGGCGGUCUGUCGUUAUGACGGGCUCCGGUCCGAAGCUCGGGGUGCUUCUGCUCGUGGCGGUCCUGCUGCAGACUGUGGUCGUCACCAUCACCGUGCUGCACUUCUCCACGGCUCUCAACUCGAUGAAGGAGACGUUUGCCAGGAGCAGCGUGUCCUGCCUAAUGGGCGCUGACCUGCAAAGCUUCACGGCGGUCCGGGGGGAUCCUUGCUGGCAGGUCACUCAGCAGCUCCACCUGCUCAUCGAGAAGUCUCUGUCUCAGCGUUACCAGAAGCAGAUUUCGUCGGCAGUGAGAGAUGAAGUUUCUCGGGUGCUGCCCUCUCUUGUGAUAGUAGACAGAGGUUCACCUCGGCCCAAAGUCGCAGCACAUGUCACCGGAAGCUUUGUGCCCAAACUGGAGCGAGAGGGAGGAGCUCCAGUGUCGGCUGGGCGCCGGGUUCAGGGCCAGAAGAUCUCCUGGUGGGAGGGGCAGAAGGGGCUGGCCUUCCUCCAGGACGUCCAGCUGGUGGACGGGGAGCUGGUGGUCCCGACGCCCGGCCUCUACUACGUCUACGCCCAGACCUACUUCAGACACACCCACUCCCUGGAGGAGGAGGGCGAGGACGAAGAGGAGGCCCAGGACAGAGGGAGACCCCUGCUGCAGUACGUCUAUAAAAAGAUGGGCUCUUACCCAGUUCCCAUCCUGCUGAUGAAGACGAGCCGAACCUCCUGCUGGUCCCGGGGAUCCCAGUUUUCUCUGCACUCGGCCCACCAGGGGGGGCUGUUCCCGCUCAGCACCGGCGACCGCCUGUUCGUCACGGUCACCAACGCCUCCGCGGUGGACAUGGACGAGAAGAGCAGCUUCUUCGGGGCGUUUCUCAUCAGCUAGACGGUCAGAUCCGGGACUCUACGUUGAGCGAUCUCGGUGGUAAAGCAUCGGUCUGGAAGAACCUGCUGCCGCCUCUAGACCCCUCCUUAAAAGGAACACAAAUGAAAAACUGCAGCAAGUAGCAUGGAGAAAAGCUCUUUUGUCAGGAUCCCAAAUCAAAAAUGUAUUUGACAACACUGGUUUCACAUGCGAUGUGAAUAUCUAAGAGCUAAUCGAUCAACAAAUAUUUGUUCUUAAAUGUAUUGGAGUUGCUGCAGCUAGGACUCAACAGAGAUUUGAGUUUCUGUUGUACAGACAUUUCCUUAAGGCAGACUUCAACAAUUUAAAAAUUGAACUUAACGAAGUUCCAUUUGGUCUAACCGGUCUCGAAUAGCUUUGGUAAAACCUUAAACAAAAUGUUUUUAAAAAGUUUACAGAACUUACUUAAUGUACGCAGGUUAGCGUCCGUACGCAAUUUUGAGCUGAACUUUCUUAACGGUGUGAACGGCUCUCAGAUUUUCCACAAGAGGGAGCUGUUCUUACGGCUUUAAAUGUAUUUAGUGACAUGCUCACAUCAUGCCACCUUUAGGAAAGGUGAGUUGUAGCAGUUUAGACUUUUAUGCUUUAAUUCAACUCGAUCCAUUUUAUUGAUUUAUAUCAAAUGCCCUUAAAGUUGGAGUCCCUGCCUUAAAGAAAUCAGCUGAAUAUCAGUGAUGAUCUGAGUUCCUGGAUGUGUUUGUAAAAAUAUGUAAAUAUUGUGCAAUAUUUUGUGUUUUUUAUUUUUCUAAUAAGUUUGCAAAAAUCUGGGUCUUGAGGUCUUAAUGAUCUCUUUCUCUCUCCUUAAUGUCCCCUCAGUAAGAUGUCAAACACAAGGCUUAAGCAUGAACUUCUGAGACAGUUUACUGACCACGUGCUACUGCUAACAUUAAAACCGUAACAGUCACAUUGAAAGAUUAAAGGUAGAAAAUCACCACCUUUUUCUUGAUGGGCUUUAAAAAGUUUUACAAUGUUUUACAAUGUUAUAGCCUUGUAAAUCAGGCUGUGUUUUGGUUGGCAGCAGCACCACAGUCUCUCUGCUGUUGGCUCUUCCAUCCUAACCCCGCUCCAAAUGGUGCAUGUAAUGCUCCCUAAAUGGUCGGUUUUCUGUCAUUCGGAUUAGCUGCAGAUGUGACCUGUAGACUUGGGAAAACAAUCACGCACAUCAGCAUCCAAACAGCAGGAAUGUGGGAUGUAUUGCUUUUGUGAUGUAUUUAACAGUUUGUAAUAAAUACUGCAGUAAAGCAAAAAACUAAAAGGAUGUCCACAAUAAUGAGUUCCAAUUAAGUCCUCCUUUUUUUAUUUACAAUGACAUGAAUGCAGCAUUCACUGUCUGUAGCACUUGAGUCACAACAAAUUACCUUUUUUUAUUUCUUGUUUUCGCAAAACAAUUAUGGUUUUCAAGUUUUUUCCAUCAUCAAAAGAAAUGAGAAAUGUCAAUAUAAUUUCAAAAGGUGGUUUGAAGUUGAUAAGAUAUGGGCCUUAUUGUGAGGUUAUCAGCACUGUUUUUUACACCUGAUGAGUGAUUUAAAUGCAGUCAGUACCUUAGGGUAUGUUCGCCAUCCAUUGGAUAACCUGGAAACACCAGUCAGUCUUUUUUUUAGCUUGGAACACCUGAAAAACGGGAUCAGAAUUAAAAACCUGUACACUCAUGAGGUUGUAAACAAUCAAAAACUGAAUGUGAAUGUAAAUAAGCAUGUGGUUUUGUCUGUGAAUAUGUGAAAUAAAGACACUGUCAAAGUCCUCUGAUGCCCAUAGAGAA